AUGUUCAGCUCAACUGGCACGGUUUGGGUGUUGGUGAUCACCUUCAAUCUAUUCUACGCUUCUGAAGUCACUGCGCUACGCUGCCUGAUAUGCAACUCGCACGAGCUGGGCUGUGAAGAAGCAUGGCCAAAGUACGCCCACGAUUGUCCACUGGAAAACGACAGCUGCUUCACAAGUGUAACGAACGGUACGCUGGUUCGGGGAUGCCUAUCGCAGCUGAAUGGCAACGAUGAGCUGUUGUUGAGGACGCACUGCCCACAGCAGGAAGGGCAUACCUGCAUUAGCUGCACCGAAAACGAGUGCAACAACGUGCUUUGGCUCAAAUGUGCUCACUGCGAUGACGACGUUGACCUGGAAAGCUGCACCGAUAAGGAGCGUGCCCUAUUAUGCCCACGGUAUCGAUCGUUGGAUCGAUGCUAUGAGAUCGCUGGAAGCGUUGAAGAAGUUGCAUCGAAGGGAUGUGAAUCGACGCUAAACGCAACGGGAAGUUCCUGCCAACGAUCCAACCACUGCCGAUUCGUCGAGAGUAGCGUGAGCAACUGCAGUUUGCAAAUAAACGUUCAAUCAGCGGUAUCACAGUGUCUGAGGUGUUCAUCGCGCGAGGAGUCAACGGCUGGAGAGUGUACAAAUGGCCAAACCGCGAUGGAAAACUGCCCUCAAGAGGAAGACGCUUGUUUCUCCCGACUUCAUGGAACCACCUUGGAAAGGAACUGCAUGUCUACACUCUCGCAGGAGGAACAGCUCGCUUGCGGAGGCUCUCAAGGUUCCUGCGUUAGCUGCACAGAACCAGGAUGCAACACACACCACCUACUAAAGUGCAUCCAGUGCCGGAAAAGCCUCGAGGUAGAGUGCACCGAUCCUGGCAUCAGUACCACGGUGAAAGCAUCCUUCUGCCCGGAGUUUCUUCCAGAGGCGCGUUGUUUCUCACGGUUGCUCACUUUAGACGACGAUCUGGAACGAGGCUGUAGCUCGGAAUCGGCGGCCAUUUGUGCUGAGAACAAACACUGUCUCGUGUGCGACACCGAUGGUUGUAACGUGGAGUCGGAAGCGUUUCUGUGGGAUGUCGCCAAGUGUUUGAGGUGUACGUCGGCUGAUGCUGAUGAAGGAGUUACUUGCGAGGAGGCCUCGAUCCAUCCGGAAGAAUGUGAUCAGCAGGAGGAUGAUUGUUACACGCGCGUUCACGAUGGCAAGCUGGAGAGGAACUGCUUGUCAACGCUACCGGAGGAGGAGGAUCGUCAAAAGUGUCGCGAUGAAGCGGAUGAUACCUGCAUCAGUUGCAAUUUCCACGAGUGUAAUCGUCACCCAUGGCAAAGUUGCUACCGUUGCUCGAGUAGUCAGGAUCCACGGUGUGCAAAACCGGCCGAGAGUGACCUGAAGUAUGAGUUUUGUGAUCGUUUCGCGUCACAAGGGCGAUGUUACGCUAAGAUCGUCGAUUUGGGUGUAGAGCGUGGUUGUGAGGCUGAUUUGGGUGUGGACGUGGAUGCUUGCGCUGGUAAUGCGAUGUGUUUCACGUGCCUUUCGGAUGGGUGUAAUGAUGUGGAUGAGAAUGCGCUGAGAAAUGUGGCUCGGUGUAUUCGCUGUAGCUCGGAUGUCGAUGGAGAAGCCUGCGAAAACGCGGAAAUCGAAGCUAGCUUCUGUGAUCAAGCAGAUGAUGUGUGCUAUACGAGGGUUACAGAAGGCAGUCUCGAGCGGGGAUGCGUUGCUGCCCUGGAUGAAGAAGAACAAGAGCUGUGUCGAGAUCAAGAGGAUGUCACCUGCAUAACAUGUCACGAACCAUCCUGCAACGAUCAAAACUGGCUGAAGUGUUUAGUGUGCAAAACUUCGGAAAACCCCGGCUGUGCAACACCAACAGAAGCCCCGAAUGAGGAUCUGUCAUUGUUUUGCUCGAAAACCAGUGAUCAAGGAUCAUGCUACUCGAGAAUUGCUCAGGAUGUUCUCGAAAGAGGCUGCUCUGUGGCACUGCUUAACCCAGCAGAAGCAUGCGUUGGGUUUGAAAAAUGCGAAACCUGCCUCACAAACAACUGUAACUUCCACACGGAAGAUUCUCUUACCGGUGGCAUAAAGUGCGUUCAAUGUAGCUCGAAAGAUGAGGAUACGGAUUGCAACGAGCACCUGGAACAGCCUUCACCAUGUCCAGAAAAGAAUGACAGAUGCUUUACUCGCGUUAAAGGUGACGAAUUGACCCGAAAUUGCCUCUCAACGCUUGAGGAUACGGAUCAACAAUCAUGCACAAACCCAUCCGACCGAUCCUGCACCGUAUGUGAUGGAUCAGACUGCAAUAGGGACCACUGGACGAAGUGCCAUCAAUGUGAUGGAUCCUCUUCAGUAACAUGCGGACACGAGCAGCCUGAUGAUGAUGCCCUAUUCUGUGAAUCGUACUCACCCACCGACAAGUGCUAUAUCAAACUCGAUCAUGAUCAACAUCUUUCCCGCGGUUGUUUGUCGGAUGCCUCCCCAGGAGUGGAUAUUUGUGCCGGGGCAGAUCUGUGCAUCACCUGCGAAGGAGACUCAUGCAAUAGGGCUCCUGAGACAUCCCUCCGACACGUCAAGUGCCAACAGUGCACAUCAACCGACCCAGAGUGUGUGCUGGGAACGAUUGUGAGCAAACAAUGUCCGCUGGAGGAUGAUCUCUGCUUCACAGCACUCAACAACGAUAAGCUGCUUGAGCGAGGUUGCCUGUCAACGUUAGAUGAUGAACGGCAGAAUAUCUGCAAGGACGAAUCGGAUCCAUCGUGCAUCGUCUGCUCAUCAGAAGGCUGUAAUGGGCUCCGGUGGCCAAGGUGUUAUCGCUGCCGUGGAUCACUAUCGGAUGAAUCAUGCGAUCAGAACCUCGUUCCGGAAAAGUUGGAAUUCUGCCCAACGUGCAGUGAACAGAGCAACUGUUAUGCGACAAUUGAAAACGAUGCAGUGAUCCGAGACUGCACCGAUGAGAUAACGUCCAUUUGCAACGGAAACAGUCGUUGUAUCACCUGCUCGCAAGAAGGAUGUAACGACGUUUCGAAGGAGGUUUUGAAUGCUGUUCACACCUGCCAUCGUUGCCGAUCAGACAUUGUAGACUGCGAUCAGCUGGAGGAUCACGGUCAGGAAUGCCCCAAUCGCGAAGAUCGUUGCUACACGCGGCUCGACGGCGAGUUGCGUCUUUCGAGAGGAUGCCUCAGUGAGAUCGACGCAAGUGACUGUGCGAGUGAUGAGCUGUGUUUGGUGUGUCCCGGAAAGGACUGCAAUAACGCCCCAUGGGGAAAGUGUUAUCAGUGCAGUAAUGCGACGAGUCCCGAUUGUUCACCCAAGCAAAAGGGGAAGGAACUUCUCAAGUACUGCCGGCAGAAUACGAUCACGGGGCGGUGUUUCGCUAAAAUCGAUGAAAUGGAAUUUACUCGAGGCUGUUCCACUGAUUUGGAGACGGAAUUGACGUGCCAGGAUCCGAAACAAUGCGUCAAAUGCGUUGGAGAUGCGUGCAAUCGCGAGUCCGCCAAGAGCUACUUCAACCCAGCGCACUGCUUGCGGUGUCAUUCGGACAGCGUCAUCGGUUGCUACGAAGGAACCAUAGCUCCGGUGGCCUGCGCCAAUCCAGAUGAUGAUUGUUUCUACCGACGAGCCUCAAAAAAGGCAAUCCAUCGUGGGUGUUUGUCAGAGCUCACAUCCACCGAUCAGUUUCUCUGCCACCUACCGACAAGUGUGGCCUGCCACACGUGUCCUGAAAACGGAUGCAAUACACAAACAUGGCGCCGGUGCUACCAAUGCAGCAGUCUGACGGAUCAAUCCUGUGCCGCACGUCAAACGGACUCGACGUAUUUGAGCUUGUGUACGAAAAUCGAUGACUAUUGCUUCGAGGAUCGAGACGGGGCGGAAAUUCGUCGAAACUGUGGAAAACACUUCUGCGACCACAAGAAAACCUGCGUCGAAUGUAAGACGGACGCGUGCAAUGGACGAUCUGCCAUCGAUCUGCUGCCCUCCCAAUGCCUUGUGUGUGAAUCGACCGAUCCGCUGUGUGCGAAUGGAUCACGUGUCGAUCAUUACUGCAACUAUCUCAACGAACCGUGCUUUGCGCUGGUGCGAAAUGAUGGUGUCCUUGAGCGAGGCUGUUUCUCGAAUCUGUACGAACCGUACAAAACCAAGUGCCUGGACCUUAACGAUCGUUCUUGUAUGGUGUGUAACGGAAACUCGUGUAAUCGCUUUCCCUGGCAGCAAUGCAUCCAGUGUCGAUCGCUGGAGAUUGGCCAAUACUGCUCGAGGGAGGCGAGUCCUUUGGAGUCACACUACUGCGGUCGCUACAGUCCGAAUGAUCGUUGCUACGCGAAGGAUAUCAAAGGGAUUGUAAUACGCGGAUGCGAAUCAGACUAUGACACACCAGUGGAUCCUUGUGCAGCUGUUGCUGGGAAGAACUGUUAUACCUGUGAAGCGGAUCAUUGUAACGUCAAAUCUCUGAACAGUGCCAAACGUGUGCUACACAAUGGCAUAGCACUGUACGUUACUAUAGCAACUGUGAUUGGUGUGCUACUAAAAUGGAACUAG